ACAUGUUGCCUCGACCAAUCAUUGCAAUUACUUUGGUGGUAGCUUUUAUUUCACAAGGUCAGUAGCGAUUACAUUGUACAUCUAGUCUCACUAGUAGCUUCGAGUGCAAGCUCCAAGCCCUAUAUAUUUUUUUGUAGCAUUCUUGUAAAACUCUUUCUUCACUCCAAAAUAGCAACAGUAGGCACCAAUGACUUUUUUAAUAAAACAUUUUGUCGACGAGAAGAAGGGUUAAAAAUGCAGGAUCUUUAUUUGCAGGAAAACCCGAAAUCUUUCUGUUUCUAUUUUCAUAAUCGCAAGCUUAAAUCUGAACGCGCGUAAUUACAGAAAUGAACUUUGAGAUUGUCACGGGUUUGGGAGUUGUGUCAAAACAGAAAUUAAUAAAAGCAGUGAUUCAUGCAAUAUAUCAAGCAUGAGACGCAGUGUUUCAUCACCAGAUGAAACACUGAGAAGAGAGAAGAAAUACGUCGCGCAGCGGAGAAUUUUUGACGAACUUCGAGGUGUUUUAUCUGGUGAUGAAUCACUGUGUCAGGGGCACCCAACGAGAAUAUAGUUCAAAACCACUUAAACAUAGCAUUGUUGAACGUAUUUGAGUAUUUAAACGGUAGCUGUAGGCACAUUUUUAUCCCCUAAAAAUUUUCGUUUGUUCGGAUUUCCUAGCUGAAAGUCUAGUGAUCCGAAAAUUAUAGGGAUCAAAUUAAGUUACCUUUACGAAAAUUUCAACCAGAAAAAAGGCCCCCGAAAAAUUCUAGGUGACCUUUUUAAGGUAAAAAUCCGUUAAAAGGGGGCAAUUAUACCAUUUUUUAGGUGUUCGAAAUUCCUAGGAGAGGCAGGCAAGUAAGAAAUUUUGAAUGCUCCGAAAAUUCUAGAUCUCAAAUCGUCUUCCCAACAGAUAUUUUCCGAAAAUUGGCGUUUGGUGCCCCUGACUGUGUCGAAUGCUUGAUCAAACAAAAUGAUUUUACCAGGAGAAAUUAAGGAUGCAGAAAUGAGCAAUUUUUCAUCUGAUUUCCAAACACUCAUUAAACAUUAAUUUCCUUUGUAUUUUCUUGAUGAAUUAUUGAUGAGUUUGAGAAGUAUGAAAUCGGUGUAAAUGAACCGUCCGUGUUUUUUUUGUGCGAAACGGAAUACCAAGUAAGUGGAGAAACAUGGCACGGGCGUGCUUGCAUGUUGUCUGGGUUCAAACCUGUUUGUCUUUAUUCUUACCACUUGUUUAUCUUAUUAGCAGUGAAAACAAUUCUAUAUUUCGGUUUGAGAAAACGACCUUUAACGAAAAAACCGUUCUCGGAUAAACUACUAUAUUUUGAUCGCAUUUGAUUAUUUUUAUAGAAAAUGGGCAAUAUAAAUAUUAAAUAUUACUAUAGAGAAGAACCCCGUUUGAAGACGACAUAGUUUUUGUUUUAGAAAGGCAGGAUAGAGGGAUCGAAGAUCCUCUUAUUUUUUGUUUGCCUCUUCACCGCGAGACUGUCACACUUGUCAGGCUUAGUUGCUCUGUUAGAUGUAGAACAUAUACAUGUCUGCAUAGUCACCUUCAAACUCAGUCAGUUGCAUUACUGACCAGCACUUCGUUACUUGUACAGUGACGAGUCUUCAUAAACUAGCAGUCUCUUUGAUCGUAUUGGUGACAGCCUUGUGGAUCGAGGUAUCCAGAACUUGUUAAUUAUUGCAUUUAAGACAAUAAACAAUUAUCCAGCUGAAUAUCUGAGAGGCCUAUUUAGGUUAAGAGGCAACAUCAAAAACCUGAGAGGGGUUAACAAGAAAAGCUGCAAGUACCGAAACCUAAUACGACUCGUUAUGGCAAGAACUCAGUAAAUUACUUGGCGGCUAUUACUUGGAACAAGACUUCUGAUACCUUAAGAUCCCUAAGUACAUUGUCAGCUUUUAAAAAAGCAGUCCGUCAGUUAAGGUUCUAGCUAAUUCUCAAUAAUAUCUAUAUCUAUUAUGUAAUUAGGCUUUUUGAAUGGCUAUCUCACGUAAUUUUAGGCUUUAUACUAUAUAUAAGUUUUUGGAUUUCCCUUUCUUCCUCUAUUAUAUUUCUAGGCUUAUUAGCAUAUUUUUGCCAGAGGUCUAACCAACCUCAUCAAACCCGAGAUUAAAUAAAGCUUCAUUCAUUUAUUCAUUCAUUCAACUCAAUCUCGGCGGCCUUUCAUUGAAAACGAAGCACACGGAUUGAAAAACAUUCGUAUACAUUUCCAAUCGUGGGCUGUGCUAUCGAUUUACGUAAAUUUUAAUAAUUAUUUUAAAGGCUCUUCUGUUUCUAGGAAAACAGAUAAUCACCCUCAUACAUGAAUAUAAAAGCUCUCCCUCUUCUUUUUUUUUCAUUGCGGAUUGCAGUUGUGUUGUGGUUAGGAAACUUGCAUUUUUAAUAAAGAGGGAGGGUAAAGUAUGUAAGUUCAGCUCAAAUGUCGACUUAUUUGAUGUCAAAUUACCCAGGACACUGAGCUUUUAAUUAGAUCAAGAAUGAAUUUUUGGUAAAAUUAUAGACGGUAAGGAUUAUAUAGAAUAAAAACUCCACUUUCGGUGAAUUUUUGAGUCAUAUCAACCAGGAAGCCCGUGCGUCAGGCGAAUGAUCACGUGUGAAGCAGGUGAGCAGUGCUGGACUAUCUCAAGCUAUUUGCUAUCCUUUCAAAAGCUAGAACCUGUCUUUGAAUGUAUUGAAGUAAAGUAAUUUAAGUAGUUUUGUUACUUAAGACUAUUGUUGGUUUUCACUUGACGUCACUAAAAUUCAAACUAAAAAAAAUAUCGAUCCUACCGACAUUUUUCUUUCACGAUGUAUUAGAGCAGCUGAAAACUAAUUUUCAUAAAAAUUUUCGCUUCAAAAGGGUUCGUGGUUUUGUGAUAGAGUACGCUUGAAUUUCUAAGCUUUUGCGUGACGCGGCAUUUACAUGACAGCCAAGAGAGCUGUCAUGUAGGUUAAAAAAUGACUUAUUUCAGGAAAUUUUGCUGUCUUUAUACUACUACAUGAGAAAUUACUGCAAUUUGAUUGGCUUAGAGCAGUGAUAUUUCAGCUUAAUUUGAAAUACCUACAUGUGAAAAUUACAAACCUUUUGCGGGUAGUAGUAUAAACUAAUAAUAGCAUGAUUUUUACGUGAUAUUUGGCAUAAAUACCAUUCGUGAUAUUUCAAAAUUGUCUCAAAUUUCACUCGCCUGACGGCUCGUGAAAUUACGUAUAACAAGUUAGACUUUCUCAAAGUCGUUCGCUUGGUUUUCUGGUCUGGAUCCAGGUGAGCACCAGCAUGGCCGGCGUCUGCAUAAAACUCUUUAUAAGUUCGGGUAAAACAUUUCUUCAGAUAUCUCGUGGACGAAAUAUUCCUCUGACCUGAAUCUUGGCGAGGGUCUUUGUAUAUGUACCUCCUCGGUUUUGAUUUUUAUUUUGAUCCAUUUUGAAUGGCGUGACACUGAAAACCAGAAAUAUUUAGGCAUUGAAACUGUUUCUUGUUGUCUGGUGCAACGGAUGGCAUGCAGGGAUGGAAAACUUGGGCCACCUUUUUAACGUUUUAAUGGCUGGUGCCUGCAAAAACCACCAGCAGUUUUUUGUUUAAUGCCGUUUAGGCACUAACUUUCUCAAACAGUAAUAUCCUGAAGACAUAGCCCCUUUGAAACGAUAAAACACCUCAGUAUAACGUAUUUAUUUGAAUAAGCGCCCUGGCCAGCCUCGAAUUAGCACCCAUCUCGAAUUAGCGCCGAUCCUAAAGGCAGAAAAAGUUAAUAAGCACCCAGCCUCGAAUAAGCUCCACCUCACCCCCUCCUCCUCCCAAUUAAACUCAAAUGAGCGCCCACCUCCACCCCACCCACUUGAGAGACAAUGAGAUUGAAAUUAAAAUUGAAUAAGUACUAAUAAGAGUAUUUUACAGAAACCUUGCUUUGUUACUUCUGCGCGUUUUGUUAUUAGCAUUUACUGUUUUGUUGCAAAAUAAACAUACUACACUUGCUGAAAAUGGUGAAAAUUUAAUAAGCGCCCAGCCUCGAAUAAGCGCCCAUUCUCAAGGUCCAAAAAUUUAAUAAGAGCUCUUUUAUUCGAAUAAAUACGGUAAGUACAAAAUUGUUUACGAUUUAAGGCGCUGUUCAGACGCCGAACUUUUCCUGAAUCAAACCUAAUACAUUGAAUUGAGAGCAAGAAUCUUCGGCGUCUGGUUCAAUUAGGAACGCGUUUUUCAGUUUGGGCCCAAUUGUUCAGCCGUAGUUUCCGCCUAUCCCGGUCGGGAAUUUCGACUUUGGGGAGACCUUAGAACGGCUCUGAUUCAGACACCGAACUUUUCAUGUGCUGAACCUAAUGCAAGAAUUCAAGAGAGAAUGAUCAAGGGGAGCGAAUCCCCCUCACAUGACCCUCUUCCCAUGAAAAUUAUUUUUAAUCUAUUCUUGGUUCGUUUUCAUACUGUUUGGUUAUUUUAAGGACGCCACCUUAUUGGUCGGUUAGAGUGGCGUCAUGUAAUUUUAAACUCGGCGGGUAAUUGCCUAUCACGCACAGCAAGCGAUAUGACGUGCAAACUUGGUAUUACUUUCGUCGACGAGUCAAAAGAUUUAUACGUGGAAUAAUCUGGCCAGAGUAGCUGACGAACAGCAAAACGGUCCUGGCUUGUAGGAGUACGCAGGAGAAAGCGGUUCCAACUAGGCGAAAACUGCUCAUUGAGGUCUUCGCUACAUCAGUCUAUAGACAACCAAACCAUUGUAAAAAACGACAGCCGUCUCUUCCGGCGACAUCCACGCACACCCGCGAACUGUGUUUCCGUCGUUUGGAUCCUACCAUGGACACGUAACGAGAAAAUAGGUUCAAAGUGAGUUCAAACAUGAAUGUUUCGCCGCCGAACAUUUGAAUUCUGUGAGGGCGCUAGACAAAUGUGGGCACACCGCUCACUAUAAAGAAUUGACCGAAACCGGAAACCGCGCAUCCAAACUCUCUGGCAUCCGGGUUAGCGACUGUUUAACAGCUUGAAGCAUCUGACCUGAUUUGUGUUUGCACAGCGAAAUAACGUGAAAUUUACCCUUCAUGCCCGGUCUUCUUCGAAAGUUAACUGCUAUCCCGACAACCUUAGCGGUUCCUUACUCGUGCGUUAUUGGCUCACGUCAUUCUGGGGUCAAUUUAAUUUGUUUUGACAAAAACCGUUUUUGGUUACAACACCAAUUUUUGUUCCGCAUUUUUUUGCUUUUUUGGUGCAUUUAACCUUGAGGAGCCAUUUCUUUUUUGACGUAAGUAUUUUUCUGCGGGAGUUCUCCAUAUUUUUCACAAUUGUUUUUAAUCUCGGGACUCCUUUAAUCCAGGAGUGACUUUUUCUACGACAGACAGUUUUGAAGGGCCCCUUUAAUUUUCGUGGUAAGAGAUUUUCACUUGACCCUAAUUAGUUAAAUACUUUAGACCAUUUACAGUCAAGCCAGGUCAAGCAUACCCCCGCAAGAUUCCAUUAAUGAAUUUAUUAUUCGAAAGUAGUUGUAAAUUUCAGAUUCAUCUCUGCAUUCUUACAUGUGUAAUGAGCCGUGAAUUCACACGCGAGGCAGUUAUGGAAUUUCUACCUGCUCAGUUUCCCUGAAUUGAUAUAAAUGUCUUCGAAGUAAAUUUAUCUAUUCAAAGAUUUUCAAUCUGACCAAAUACACAGAAGGUCUCGUAAAAAAUUCACUGCUCAUUAGGCAUGCACGAAUGCCGAUGUGAAUUUGACACUAGUUACGGGAACGACUAACGGAUUCAUUUUUCAAAUAAUCAAUUCAUGAACAGAAUCUUGGAGGGUACGCUUGACCUGCCUUGGCUGUUACUGACACUUUAAUUUCCGCUCAAAUUUUCAUAUUUGCUAUUUUCAAACUCUAUUUACAUUUAAAGAGGCCAUAUUGUUCUCGACAUAGACAGAGGAUGUCGGGCAAGGGCUCGGAGCCGGGCUAGAAACAUCUUCGCUCAGUUGCACUUUGUCCCCGGAUGAUUCACAACAUCAUGUUACAGGAGCCUUGGUGUCGAUGCAUCCUUAUCACCGUGCCCGCGUAUUCCUAUUCUCAUUCACACACUGUAUGUUCUUCAAUCUUCUUUAUUCCUAAAAGCAAUGGAGUAACUUCCAUUAAACUUAUGAUAUUAAUUUACAGUUUCGAAUCACCUUCUUUACACUCUUUUCUCCUGGAUUUUUCUUCAGCCCAUCGUCUAUUGUUAUCUUAAGAGACUACCCUCUACUGUAAACAACCACUCUUCACUCCGCUUUUAUCACCUCCGUAACCUCUCGCGUACAGCUAUCAUCCAAUAAAGACAAAGACUUUUUAGUUUAAUCAACGGUGACACUUUUUAUCCUCUUUCCGUUUGGCCUCAAGAACGGAAAAAACCCACCGGCGACUCAAAAACUUUCAAGCUAUUUUUAUUUUUAAUUGGCAACGGCUGCUCUCCCGGGGGCCUCAUUUCUCAAUGGAUUUAACUUCUCAGCACUGGUCUACUGACAAAAAAGCUGAAAAACGCGCCCGACAACAGGACGUUCUACGCAGCAACAUGGAAAACAAAAGACACAUUUUGUUUUAUUUUGGUUUCCAUAAUGAGGAAUGGCUCUACUUGCAUGGACAAAAAAGAACAACUGCCAACUAAUUAUCAACUGCCUUUCAAACUUUGAGAUCAUUAAUUAUAUUUCCUAUAAUCAUUUCAACUUUCAAAUUCUUAUCGUAUACAUUUAUUUAACUCAUCUUUUGUAACUUAGAUUUCUAUUAUACCUUGUUUUUUGUUUCCCAAAAAUUGUUUUUAUAUAAAAGACAUAUUCAGAACUCUUCUCUCAAUAGUUUAAAUUUUAACAGAAACUUCACAUUUCGGUUUUAUAUAUAAUCUUGUACAUCGCCUUCUAUUUUGGGUUUAUAAUAAAGCAUUACACAAUAUUUCACACUUCUACUCCUAUCAUACUCUAAAUGCACUCCUAAUAUACUACCUCUUAACCCUUCUUACUCUAUUUAUUAAUUUUAUUUACACAAUGUACUGUUGUGGACAUAGCUGCAUCGCAGUUUGUGGGUCCCUCACUAUUGUUGUACCAUAACCUCCAAACAUUUUUUAUUUUGUUUUACGCUUAGUUACUGUGGGCAAGUGUCUUGCAGUUUGUUGGUCCCCUAGUUACACUUGUACUUUGCUUAACCAUAAUCCUCACAUAUUUUUUGAUCACUUUUACUUACAACAACCCCACGCACACACCCUCUCUACUCCUUCACCCACUGAUUCUAUCAGUGGAGGAGAACCCAUGUAUUUGGUGAUCCCUUUCCCAAAACCCGGCAUGGCACAAAGGUUGAUAGAGAAACUACUGAUUGAAUUUUAACUUUGCAAAAAACAAACUUCUGCCUUUAUACUUUGACAGGUGGGUCAGGACAGAGUACUUCAUUGACCCCCACACUAUCACUGACUCCGUCCUCUAUGUCGACCCAGUCCACAUCAUCACAGAAUAUGUCUGCCGCAACAACCUCUGCCACAACCUCGAUGAAUCCGACCAGUGUGACAACGACUGCAGUGCCCCCCAAAAAGAGUAAGCCAAUAAAAGAUUUUAGGGGCGUACUCAGCCCAGAGACUUGUAGUCCCGGGCCUACAAAUUUUUGGUUUGAUCGCUCUACCAUUUGUAAUAAAUUAUGCGUCUUUGGGGUGAGCUAAAAAGCUUAAGAGCUCACAGUGUUGGUGAGGUCAGUGCGUACUACUCAUUCGUGCAGUUUUCAGGAUAUGUGGAAAUGAAAGUCAGCCAGGCCUACAACUAGUCGAAAAGCUGGCUACGCCCCCGGAUUUGAUAUUCUACCCUGGGUAUUGUUAUUCAUUACAUGUUAAUGAUGUAUGGGGAAUCGCUCUGGCCAGGGACAAUCCCAGGACAAGGCGAGAAACUGGCAGGAUCAACACCCAUUUAUCCGGUUGCAGAAAAAGUCGUUAGACUCUUUACUUAGAGGGAUCAAAUGAAGCGCGUGUAAUAAUAAUAAUAAUAAUAAUAAUAAUAAUAAUGAUAAUUAUAUACACUUAUAUAGCGCCUUUCUCUUAGUGAUCCAAAGCGCUUUACAAUCAGUAAAUACUUAGAAAGCUAAAUAUUCAAAUACAACAUAACAGGAUUUAAGAGUGAGUCCAUGGGUGCACCAGGCAGGUGUUCUACAUGCUAUCUCUCCGAUUUCAAUGAAACUUGGCCAGUUUAAAGGGUCUACCCCAAAACUCAAAAUGACAAACUGGUUCAUAGUUUCGAUCUUUAUGGUGGGAAAUAGCCCACUCAACUGGUUUAACUAAAUUUGUUACCAAUAAAAGUGCAUUAAUAACAGCCAAAGUAGGAAGCUCUCAGGACAACUGUUCUUAACCUUUUACCUUGAGGGUUUGUAUAUAUGUUGAUACAUCUUUGACAAAUGCAAGGAUGUAAGUUUCAGUCAAUUUGAUUGACAGCUUGUCAAUUACUGGCCUUGAAUAUGGGACCAGCUUUUUAGCCAUUCAAAUAUUUGUUGAUUUUGAGAUCAAAUAUCUCUCCUUGCCAGAAAGCUAUAACAAUAAUUUUGCUAAUCCCUGUUUACCAACCCUUUAGUCUAUAAUAAACAUAAAAAACAUUUUUGGGCUCUGCCUUUUUUGGACGUCAGAUGCCACUCGAAAACUGCACCUAAAACAAGCUUAUUUCCACUUCUCUUGCCCUAUAAUUCAGCAAUUAACGGCCGCUGAAGUUACUAAACCGACACUUUCCAGCCCGUUGUACAAGAAUAAUAAUUGAGGAGUCUAAUGCAUGCUUAAAACGUUCAAGAUUUUGCGAGAAAAUUAAAGAUUUCACACUGAUUAGUAAUGCAUGCCACCAAAAUAUCAAAGGCAAAAUCGUAUUAAAUGUUUGUGACCUCGUUUUGAUUUUCUUGCAAAAUCAGAGAUUAUUCUUCUUACGAGUUAAACUAUACAGAAGUCCUUCAUUCAAGUGUUAAUGGUCUUUACUGUGACAAGAACAAGCUGUUUUUCAUUUCCUGGGGAGAUUUCAAGGCCACAUGGCGCACGGUUGUUGACAAGCUUUAAAUCACGCCAGUAUAUGCCAGUCAUAAAGCAAAGUCAACUUGUACAUCUAAAAACAACAUUCAAUGAUGAGAAAUUCUUCCUUCUACCGAUAAAUAAAUUACGCCCUUAAAAAGUUCAUUAAGUUUUAGCUACAACCUCAGAAAAAGAAUAGUAUUUCAAAGAAGAAUGGUGUUAGUUUUACUUAUCCACCGUCGACCUAGGCCGAACUAUUAUGUAUGCUGCGUGACCGGCCAAUAUUUGUUUAGAAUCCAAUUCUUUGCCUCCAAAAGGCCUUCUGAAUGUCCUUCUUAUCUCUAUAACUAUAUUUAUCUCCUCCUAUCUUCAUUUUUCUUUUAAAAUGCAAGUUGUUCCAAGAUCUCCGUCACUCUCAAUCACCAAGUAUUACGUGACAAAAAAGUGCCUGCAAUGUUUUGAUCAGCGAAUUUCCCGCGCCUUCCCCAGAAAUUAACAUAUAUAAAUCUAAACAAUUUUUGGUUGUCUAGAGAAUGAAUAGAAAUACACAAAACAAAACGUAACUAAAAAAUAGGUAUUUACAUUUUUGUUUUCGUCUCCCUAAGGUCAAAACUGAGAAACACAAGCCUCAGUAUACAGAUCCCCCCAUUGAAACACGUGAUCUUUUUUUACUUAAUAUCCCGUGUUUAGUUCCUGUUUUAAAGCCACAACAUUUAUUGUCGAUUGUUCGUUAAAAAAGGCGUUUAUUGUCAUUACAAUGAUAAAAACAAUAUAUAAUAUUAAAAGAUAUAUCUUAAAUAAAAUACACGGUCUACUAAAAAACUAUAGCCAACUAAUAAAAAUACUGUCUACUAAAACUACUGUAAAAAAACAUACUAAAUCUAAUUUUAAAAAUGUCUGCAUUCCUGGCAUUAACACUGAAAUCAUCUAGAAAGGCAGCAUCCUUGAGAAAAGGGGAUCGAGACCCUCGUACAUAUGUGUGGACGGAUCGUAAAAAUUUCAAAAGAUAUGUUUGUUUUAAAACAAGAAAUGGCACUGGCAUAUGACUCGCCGUUUUUCGGGGGAAAGUUUGUCCGCUAGGUUGCUCAGAAAAAGUUUGCAUUCCUUCCCCAUUCCUCCGUUCGUGCCAAAAACUAGGGGGUGGGGGGAGAUCCCAUUUCCACGUCAAUAACUCUUUGUUGGUAAUUCCUUUUCUUGUCUUUCUCAUGCUCCACGAAGAUCGAUUCUGUGGAUUUGUUCUGGUUACGCGUUGAGUUCACAUGUGUUAGACAUACAUGAAAGAAUGCUGUUUCUCCUCGUGACCAGAAACUUCCUCCCUUAAUGUCCAGUAUAGCCUCAGGGCUUGUGACGGUGGAUCUUGAGGUUGAAUACCUCACUGUCGAUCGGUAGGAGGUAGGGCUGUACAUUGACAUCCUUGCAGACUUUUCUGAGCAGAGAUGUGAGAAGGUUCUGGAUGCCAUCAUGUCUUUGUGCAACAAAACCCACCUUCUUACACGACAGGGCGUGGCUGACUGUGAAUCGAUCUCCACCCGUGCAAUGGCUCGGCAAGAUUGUAAUGCAAGUGUAGCAAGUCCCUAAAUUGUUGCUUAUUCAAUGUCAGGUCCUUCUCCUUAAGGGCUACGACGUUGAGCCACGAGCUUGCACCAUUGUCUCUGGCCUGCAGUGUUGAUCUUAGCAAGUCUAGCUGCCUUGUGUGGUGCUCUUAUUAAAUUUGACUUUGACUUAUUUAACUUUAACUCAUCAGGGAGCGGUUCCGUCUGACAAAAAACUGGAAGGAAAAUAUCGUUGAUCACUUCAUCGAUUGGUUCCACAUAGUCUUCAAAAGAGUCAAUUGUACGCAUAAAAUAUGCAAAUUUCGAUUUGUAGUCCUUUGUGAAGGCGACGUAGGCAGCAUGGGUUGAAUCUUUACGAUCUCAGCCAGCAACUCGAUGUUUUUCCUCCAUCCUCCAUUUUUCCACGACAUUAUUGGUCUUUGUAUUCCUAGGGUCCAAUGAUUGCUCCCAGGUGUCGUUGACCUUCCGUUGUUAUUCUGACCUCCUCUCCAAACACCAACUUGGUCUUGUCUGCUAGAUCUUGAGUCUUCAGGCUACCUGGACUUUACUAUCAGUCAACUUUUGGAGCCAUUGACUAGGUAGCCAAAUUUCUUUCCUUCUUGACUAAAAAGCUUAUACCAGUUGUAUAACACUGAGUUGAUGGAUGUGUUGAUCGCAUACCAUGGCAUGGCUAGAGGGUCACUGGAUCCCACACGUGGAGACCGAUUCACAGUAAGCCGUGCACUGUUGUGUAAGGGGGAUUUUGUUGCACAAAGACAUGAUGGCAUCCAGAACAUUCUCACAUCUCUGCUCAGCAAAGUCUGCAAGGAUGUCGAUGUAAAGCUCCACCUCCUAUCCACCGUCACAAGCCCUGAAGCUAUACUGGACAUAAAGGCAGGGAGUUCUGGUCACGAGGAGAAACAGCAUUCUUCGAUGUAUGUCGAACGCAUGUGAACUCAACGUGUAACCAGAACAAUUCCACAGAAUCGAUCUUCGUCGAGCACCAGACAAGAAAAGGAAUUACCAACAAAGAGUUAUUGACGUGGAAAUGGGAUCUCCCCCACCCCCUAGUUUUUGGCACGAACGGAGGAAUGGGGAAGGAAUGCGAGCUUUUUCUAAGCGACCUAGCGGACAAACUUUCCCCCCCAAAACGGCAAGUCGUAUGCCAGUGCCAUAUCUUGUUUUAAAACAAGCAUAUCUUUUGAAAUUUUUACGAUCCGUCCACACAUAUGUUCGUUGCGAGGGUCCUGAUCCCCUUUUCACAAGGAUGCUGACUUUCUAGAUGAUUUUAGUGUUAAUGCCAAGAAUGCAGACAUUUUUAAUUAGUUUUAGUAUGUUUUUUAGAGUAGCUUUAGUAGACGGUAUUUUUAUUAGUUGGUUAUAAUUUGUUAGUAGACAGUGUAUUGAUGACAAUAAACGCCUUUUUUAACGAACAAUCGACAAUAAAUGUUGUGGCUUUAAAACAGGAAGUAAACACGGAAUAUUAAGUAAAAAAAGAUGGCGUGUUUCAGUGGGGGCGCGGGGAGGACUCUGUAUACUGAGGCUUGUGUUUCUCAGUUUUGACCUUAGGGAGACGAAAACAAAAAUGUAAAUACCUAUUUUUUAGUUACGUUUUGUUUUGUUUAUUUUUAUUCAUUCUCUAGACAACCAAAAAUUGUUUAGAUUUAUGUAAAUUGCCGGGAAAGGCGCGGGAAAUUCGCUGACCAAAACAUUGCAGGCACUUUUUUGUCACGUAAUACUUGGUGAUUGAGAGUGACGGAGAUCUUGGAACAACUUGCAUUUUAAAAGAAAAAUGAAGAUAGGAGGAGAUAAAUAUAGUUAUAGAGAUAAGACGGACAUUCAGAAGGCCUUUUGGAGGCAAAGAAGUGGAUUCUAAACAAAUAUUGGCCAGUCACGCAGCAUACAUAAUAGUUCGGCAUAGGUCGACGGUGGUAAGUAAAACUAACACCAUUCUUCUUUGAAAUACUAUUCUUUUUCUGAGGUUGUAGCCAAAACUUAAUGAACUUUUUAAGGGCGUAAUUUAUUUAUCGGUAGAAGGAAGAAUUUCUCAUCAUUGAAUGUUGUUUUUAGAUGUACAAGUUGACUUUGCUUUAUGACUGGCAUAUACUGGCGUGAUUUAAAGCUUGUCAACAACCGUGCGCCAUGUGGCCUUGAAAUCUCCCCAGGAAAUGAAAAACAGCUUGUUCUUGUCACAGUAAAGACCAUUAACACUUGAAUGAAGGACUUCUGUAUAGUUUAACUCGUAAGAAGAAUAAUCUCUGAUUUUGCAAGAAAAUCAAAACGAGGUCACAAACAUUUAAUACGAUUUUGCCUUCGAUAUUUUGGUGGCAUGCAUUACUAAUCAGUGUGAAAUCUUUAAUUUUCUCGCAAAAUCUUGAACGUUUUAAGCAUGCAUGAGACUCCUCAAUUAUUAUUCUUGUACAACGGGCUAGAAAGUGUCGGUUUAGUAACUUCAGCGGCCGUUAAUUGCUGAAUUAUAGGGUAGGAGAAGUGGAAAUAAGCUUGUUUUAGGUGCCGUUUUCAAGUGGCAUCUGACGCCCAUAAAAGGCAGAGCCCAGAAAUGUUUUUUAUGUUUAUUAUAUACUAAAGGGUUGGUAAACAGGGAUUAGCAAAAUUAUUGUUAUAGCUUUCUGGCAAGGAGAGAUAUUUGAUCUCAAAAUCAACAAAUAUUUGAAUGGCUAAAAAGCUGGUCCCAUAUUCAAGGCCAGUAAUUGACAAGCUGUCAAUCAAAUUGACUGAAACUUACAUCCUUGCAUUUGUCAAAGAUGUAUCAAUAUAUAUACAAACCCUCAAGGUAAAAGGUUAAAAACUGUUGCCCUGAGGGCUUCCUACUUUUGUCUGUUAUUAAUGCACUUUAAUUGCUAAAAAAUGUAAUCAAACCAGUUGGGUGGGCUAUUUCCCACCAUAAAGAUCGAAACAAUGAACCAGUUUGUCAUUUUGAGUUUUGGGGUAGACCCUUUAAACUGGCCAAGUUUCAAUGAAAUCAGAGAGAUAGCAUGUAGCACACCUGCCUGGUGCACUCAUGGACUCACUCUUAAAACCCUAACUAGCAGGAGGCAACCAGUUGGCUAUUUACAAGCGUGGUCGAGGAUUUGAACUCGGGACGACCGAGAACGAAUCCAGGAAGUGGCCAGAGCGGGACUCGAAUUCGGGACCACCGGAUUGCGAGUCCGACGCGCUGACCACUCGGCCACGCUGUCAUCCUCCUUUAAAGUUUCGUUUGUAUUAAAUCCCUUCCCCUUAGUAAAAAACAUUCAUUUAUGCUAUGUCUACACUAUACCGGAAAGCUUAUCAUGUCGAUGACAAGUACUCCGGGCGCGCGUGGUAUGAGCAUAUAUCUGUUCACACUGUGCCAAAAAGUGGCAAAGAAACCUAUCCAAUAGGUGAAGGUUCUCUUUUUAGAUCGGCGCAACGCUGCAGGCUUCGUUACAGAAACUGUACCAAAAUGGCAGUUCUUAUGUGUGAAGAAAAGCCCUCUCCGAUACUGCCAGUUUGGUGCCGGCGCACGAGAUAUCCGGUACAAUAAAGUCAUAGCUGUUGAGAAAAAAAAAGACAACAAAUUUUCUUCACUUGUGCUCACUUUUUGCCGUUUGCUUUUCCUCUUUGUUUGCACAAAGAGACCUACAUGUGAGUACCCUAGGUUCAAGAGGUUUUUAUUAUAAAAUGGUGGGAAAGUUGGGGAGGGAGGGUGUGUGUAAAUGAGAGUGUUGUAGGCAUAAAAAGAAAUAAAAUGGAUUAAUAGCGAAGCGCGCGCGCGUGGGCGGAGCCCCAUUGCUAAGUAAUAAGUAAAUCUACCCAUCCCAGAAAAUUUGGUAAUCACGUGACCGUACACCGACCGACCGCCCGCCGUCCGUCCGCACCACAGAAAAACCAAUGUUUACUCUCACACUUUUAGCUAGUUUGGGAGCCCAAGAGAAAACUAAUUGCACAGGCUGCACAUCAAUGUUGUGAUCAAUUUACAGCUAUCAAAACAGGGCAUCCGCUGACAAGUAUCACCUGACCGUACCGCGGGCUCAAGUGUCGACCCAUCGAGGUCGAGUAUUUUUUUUAAAGUUAUCCGCUGACAAAUUACCACUUUCAAAUGAUCGCAGGCUCAAGUUUAUUUUUUCCAAGGAUUCAAAUCAAAUAUGUUGUGUUUAUGGGCGCUUUCCAUUUAGUCAAAAUUUCCGGAAUUUCUGGUUCGGCGGUAAAUGGAACACGUUUUGUCGGUUCGUCCCACUGGAAAAUUCCCAGAAAAAGUGGAAAAUCUAAAAAGGUGGUCCCGUUUUCCCGGUUGGAAUUUCCGAACGGAAUGUCGUGCUCCAUUGACGUUUCUUGUAGCUUGUACCAGUUCCAGGUCCACGGUCGGGCACCCGGCCACGUACCGGGGUUUACGACCAAAUGGAACAACUUUUUACCGAUCGGAAAUUCCACUUUUGCUACCACCGAAAUUUCCGGAUUUUUUUCGUAAAUGGAAAGCGCCCUAUGUCACUAUGGCCCCGCACUAUUAGGAUUUUGAUUUUAAACUGACCUCGGAAGCGAAAAUUCAUCAAGUUUUUUUAUAAGUACAGGCGGGGAAGACCUUAUCUUACCAUGGUCACGCGUUGGUCACGCUCUACGUCCAAUUUUUAUACUCUGAUUGGUCAAAGUUUGACAGGUGAGUUUAUGCGGAAAAAUUAUGCAGCAUCUUGAAAGUAGUUUACUUUGACAGCUGAAGCUGACAGAGUUUUGUGUCAACUUGUGAUGUUUUGAACUGUCUUUUUCCUCUGGAGGUACAAAAUGAAAUACAGCUGCUAUCAAGAGUCUUCUGUUAUUCAUGGCUGGUUUGUUUACUGGGUUUUGGUUGAGAAAUGCGUCGCUUGUCAAAAUUCGGUAAUUCGAUUUCGGAUGGCAUCGUUUUCGUUUUUCACCUUGCUUAAUGCGUAAGAGGGUUUAAAAGUCUCAAGCAACUGUGACCUCCCUUGAUAGCUUUCAGGAACUGAAUCUCGAAUGGUAAGCCUAAGUAAUUAUUGUAUUUGAUGUUUGUGUUUCAUGAAGUCUUGCACAGUUCACGCUGACAGUUUAUGCGGCAAGUUUAUGCACGUUUGCAGGAUUUGAGUCAAUGAUCUGACCUAGUAUCAAAUUUGAUAUAAGCUUACAGAACUUUAAAAAGCCUUCAGAUAUAUUUGCUCACCACAAAUAGAAAGAAAACGUUCCGAAGGAUAUUUAGUUAUAAAUUUGGCUGUAGAAAGAAAACUUUGAGCGAUUUUCUUGCUUCGAGGAGUUCACCUUCGAAAACAGUAAACACCGCGCUGGGAAGCCGGCUAAAACAUAAACUUAAGCUUUACGCUUAAAGACUCAGGAUUUUUAGAGACACUUUAAUACUUGUCUUCGUGAAUGAAAAUUGUUGUCUCUGUAAAUGUUUCACGGAAUUAUAUCUCUUUUUUUGAUUGUUAGUAGUUUCUCUUGCAAUUUUAAUCGCUUGUCCGUGCCGUUUGUUUUCAUCGUUCAUGACCAUCGCCUGCAGGAGUACUCAAAAAUGUCGCGCGUAUCAAACGCCUUGUAAGAUUACACAUCGUCAUAACUAAAACCAUUAAAUAACAAAACAAAUAAUAAUAAAUUCGCUAUUAUGUUGAAGCGUAACUCUGUUAAAGUUCAUUCAAACACUCGAUUACACUGACAGCUCGCACUAUGGAAACGAGAACCAGCUGGCCGUAUGGGUGAUUUUGGAAAUUUUCUGAAAUUUUUGAACGGUUUGGCUCGUCCUGAAUAUUGACUGAGUGAAAAUUGUGAAAUACCGCAUUCUGUCCGAGCUCUGUAUGAUAAAUAGUACUGUUUCACCUCAAAUGUGGUGUAUAAAAAUUAUACAAGGUUGGUUUAAACACCCCCAGAUUUGUUGGCAAGAAUUUGUAAAGUAAACCUGUCGAACGCAAAAAAAUUUGGCGUGAUUUGUUUUCCAAGAUUUGCUUUCGAGGCCUAAUCUACUGUGAUCUUGAAUGUGAUCGAAGAUGUUUGCUAUUUUUUGGGUGUACAUAUAAGGUUAUCAAUUCGAUGUAAGAUGUUUCACUCUAAAAUAACUUAGCCUUUCCCUCAAAAGUCACAUGAAUGUGCCCUUAAGUUAAAUGAUUUGUGGAUUAAAAGUUUAUUGUUUGAUUUAAAUUAUAAAUUUAUUAAAAUUGGAGCUUCGCUUUUGGCCCUGGCUAAAUCUAUAUAUUAGUUAAAUUGUUAGAAAAAGCACCAAUAUAUUGAGCAACCGACAACUGCAAUGCAGCCAGGUCCAACACAAUACACAGUGAAAAAUAAGAUAAAAGGAACUGAAGGGUUAAUAUACAAUAUAAUAUAAAGUUAAGGACCUUGAAGCGAGAGAAACAGGUUUUUAGGGCAAAUUCAUCCACUAGCUAUAACCGUAGCAAGAUGCCUGCGGCACAUGAAAGUACUGAAAAGUCUUGGAAAUAAAAAGUACUUGAAUACUUACUCGAAAAUACAUCAGAUAGCCUCUGCAGCAGGUCAAUUAAUGAGCGAAAAAAAGAAAUCUCCUCAGCUAGUGGAUAAAAAUUCCUCUUCUCAUGGAUGUGGCUCACCAAGAGUAGCAAAAACAAUUUUUUUGCUGCUCACGCCAAAGGUAAUCGUCAGCAUGAUGACGUACAAAAUUGGUGCCUUUGUUUAAAGGAAUGGGGAAACUGUCUAUUGUAUACUGUAACCUGCUAUGUUUUAGUGUCAUCUCCUCAUUAUCAUUUUUUUAACUGCACGUUCUUUACCCUUUUUUACAUAUUUUGAAUUUAUCUUUGACAUUUGCGCAUUAUCUGUUGCUAGCAUGUGGCUGGGUGGGCACCCUCUGGAAGAAAAGUUGGGACAGCAUGUAUGAAAAUAACAAACAGUUCAUUAGCAACACUACGGAAAAACUGCAAAUGUUUUUAGUGAGUAAUUGUUUGUUUCCUUUGUUCCUUUUUCUUAGUAUAUUUCUGAUGAAUACUUUAAUUGUGUCCGAUGUAGUAAAAUUCAUAGAGCUAGCCCUCCUUGAUUUUCAUUAAGUUCUAUAUUCCUAUACAGAUACUGUCUUUUUAAUAGUAAAGUUGCAAACCUAUCUAAUAUUAGAGGAAAACGCCUAGCAGAUUCUAGU